GAUGAGUGAGUCACCAUGGCAACUAUGAUUCCACCCGUGAAGCUGAAAUGGCUUGAACACCUGAACAGCUCCUGGAUCACGGAGGACAGCGAGUCCAUUGCCACCAGGGAGGGGGUCUCGGUGCUGUACUCCAAGUUAGUCAGCAACAAGGAAGUCGUGCCCCUGCCCCAACAAGUUCUGUGCCUCAAAGGACCCCAGCUGCCAGACUUUGAGCGCGAGUCACUGUCCAGCGAUGAGCAGGACCACUACCUGGAAGCCCUGCUCAGCAGCCAGCUGGCGCUGGCCAAGAUGGUCUGCUCCGACUCCCCGUUCGCCGGGGCGCUGCGCAAGAGGCUGCUGGUCCUGCAGCGCGUCUUCUACGCACUGUCCAAUAAGUACCAUGACAAGGGCAAGGUGAAGCAGCAGCAGCACUCCCCGGAGAGCAGCUGCGGCGCGGCCGACGUCCACUCCGUGAGCGAGCGGCCGCGCUCCAGCACAGAUGCGCUCAUCGAGAUGGGGGUCCGCACGGGCCUGAGCCUCCUGUUCGCGCUCCUCAGGCAGAGCUGGAUGGUGCCCGCGUCGGGGCCCGGCCUCAGCCUCUGCAACGACGUCAUUCACACCGCCAUCGAGGUGGUGAGCUCCCUGCCGCCGCUCUCCCUCGCCAACGAGAGCAAGAUCCCCCCCAUGGGCCUGGACUGCUUGUCGCAAGUGACCACGUUUCUCAAGGGCGUGACGAUUCCCAACUCCGGGGCCGACACCUUGGGCCGCAGGCUGGCGUCCGAGCUGCUGCUGGGGCUGGCGGCGCAGCGGGGCUCGCUGCGGUACCUCCUCGAGUGGAUAGAAAUGGCACUGGGGGCGUCCGCGGUCGUGAGCUCCAUGGAGAGGAGCAAGCUGCUGUCGGGCCAGGAGGGGAUGGUCAGCUUCGACUGCUUCAUGGCCGUGCUCAUGCAGAUGCGCCGCUCUCUGGGCUCGUCGGCUGACCGGAGUCAGUGGCGGGAACCCACGAGGACGUCGGACGGCCUGUGCUCGCUCUAUGAGGCAGCUCUGUGUCUCUUUGAAGAGGUCUGCAGAAUGGCUUCUGACUACUCCAGAACCUGCGCUAGCCCCGAGAGCAUCCAGACCGGCGACGCGCCCCUGGUCUCCGAGACGUGCGAGGUCUACGUCUGGGGCAGCAACAGCAGCCACCAGUUGGUGGAGGGCACGCAGGAGAAGAUUCUGCAGCCCAAGCUGGCGCCCAGCUUCUCCGACGCGCAGACGAUUGAAGCUGGACAAUACUGCACUUUUGUCAUCUCUACGGAUGGCUCUGUGAGAGCGUGUGGUAAAGGCAGCUACGGCAGACUGGGCCUUGGAGAUUCUAACAAUCAGUCGACUUUAAAAAAAUUAACAUUUGAGCCUCAUAGGUCCAUUAAGAAGGUGUCAUCUUCUAAAGGAUCUGAUGGCCACACUCUAGCUUUUACGACGGAAGGAGAAGUCUUCAGCUGGGGGGACGGCGACUACGGGAAGCUGGGACAUGGCAAUAGUUCCACACAGAAGUACCCCAAGCUUAUCCAGGGCCCUCUGCAGGGAAAGGUAGUUGUCUGUGUGUCAGCUGGAUACAGACACAGCGCGGCCGUCACGGAGGAUGGGGAAUUGUACACCUGGGGCGAAGGAGACUUCGGAAGACUGGGUCACGGUGACAGCAACAGCCGGAACAUCCCCACGUUGGUGAAGGACAUCAGCAACGUCGGGGAGGUGUCCUGCGGCAGCUCACACACGAUCGCUCUGUCGAAGGAUGGGCGGACUGUGUGGUCUUUCGGAGGGGGCGACAAUGGCAAGCUUGGCCACGGGGACACCAACAGAGUGUACAAGCCAAAGGUCGUCGAGGCCCUGCAGGGCAUGUUCGUCCGCAAGGUCUGCGCCGGCAGCCAGUCGUCCCUCGCUUUGACGUCCACGGGUCAGGUCUAUGCCUGGGGCUGCGGAGCGUGUCUCGGCUGUGGUUCCUCUGAAGCGACCGCCUUGCGGCCCAAGCUCGUGGAGGAGCUAGCCGCCACCAGGGUCGUGGACAUCUCCAUUGGAGACAGUCACUGUUUGGCUCUGUCGCACGAUAACGAAGUAUAUGCAUGGGGCAAUAACUCCAUGGGGCAGUGUGGCCAAGGAAAUUCCACAGGUCCCAUUACGAAGCCCAAAAAGGUCAGCGGUUUGGAUGGCAUAGCUAUUCAGCAGAUCUCGGCGGGCACCUCCCACAGCCUGGCGUGGACAGCUCUUCCUCGGGACAGACAAGUGGUCGCGUGGCACCGCCCUUACUGCGUGGACCUUGAGGAGAGCACCUUCUCCCACCUCCGCUCUUUCCUCGAGAGGUACUGCGACAGGAUCAACAGCGACGUGCCCCCACUCCCUUUCCCGUCCUCAAGGGAGCACCACAAUUUCCUCAAGCUGUGUCUGAAGCUGCUGUCAAAUCAUCUGGCACUGGCACUGGCCGGAGGUGUUGCCACCAGCAUCCUUGGGAGACAGGCCGGGCCACUGCGGAAUCUGCUGUUCAGACUGAUGGACUCGACUGUCCCGGAUGAGAUCCAGGAGGUGGUGAUCGAGACUCUCUCUGUGGGCGCAACCAUGCUCCUGCCCCCGCUACGAGAGCGUAUGGAAUUGCUGCAUUCUCUCCUGCCCCAGGGGCCAGACCGGUGGGAAAGCUUGUCUAAAGGACAGAGAAUGCAGCUGGACAUCAUCCUGACCAGCCUCCAGGACCACACCCAUGUGGCGUCGCUGCUGGGCUACAGUGCCCCGUCCGAUGCUGCCGACCUGACCUCCACGUGCCCCAGCUACAGCAGCCUCUCGGACCCACCCUAUGGCACUCAGGGCGGCCACCCCGACACCCAUCUAGCUGAGAUCCUGAUGAAGACUCUCCUAAGGAACUUAGGGUUCUACACAGACCAAGCGUUUGGAGAGCUGGAGAAGAACAGUGACAAGUCCUUGCUCGGCGCGUCGCCGUCCGAGAACAGCCAGCCCGCUCACCUCCACGAGCUGCUCUGCUCGCUGCAGAAGCAGCUGCUGGCCUUCUGCCAUAUCAAUAGCAUCAGCGAGAACUCAAGCAGUGUGGCAUUGCUCCAUAAGCACCUGCAGCUCUUGUUGCCUCAUGCCACAGAUAUUUAUUCACGUUCUGCAAAUUUGCUCAAAGAAAGUCCUUGGAAUGGCAGCGUCGGAGAAAAAUUAAGAGAUGUGAUAUUCGUCUCCGCCGCAGGCAGCAUGCUCUGUCAGAUCGUUAACUCCCUCCUGUUGCUCCCUGUGGCUGUGGCGCGGCCUCUGUUGAGUUACCUCCUCGACUUGUUGCCGCCUCUCGAUUGCCUUAAUAGACUCCUACCUGCUGCUGCCCUCCUGGAAGACCAAGAGUUACAGUGGCCUCUUCACGGAGGGCCGGAGCUGACGGAUCCCGCGGGCCUCCCCUUACCGCAGCCAGCCCAGUCGUGCGUAUGGCUCGUGGACCUGGAGAGAACUGUUGCUCUGCUCGUUGGGCGCUGUCUGGGCGGCAUGCUCCAGGGCUCCCCCAUGUCUCCGGAGGAACAGGACACGGCCUACUGGCUGAAAACACCACUUUUCAGUGAUGGAGUCGAAAUGGAUAUACCUCAGUUAGAUAAAUGCAUGAGUUGCCUCCUCGAAGUGGCCCUCUCGGGAAACGAGGAGCAGAAGCCUUUUGAUUACAAACUGCGUCCUGACAUGGCCAUCUAUGUGGACUUGGCGUUGGGGUGCUCGAAAGAGCCUGCUCGGACCCUGUGGAUCAGCAUGCAGGAUUACGCCGUUAGUAAAGAUUGGGACAGUGCAACUUUAAGUAAUGAGUCACUCUUGGAUACUGUGUCCAGAUUUGUUCUUGCAGCUCUUUUGAAACAUACAAACUUACUCAAUCAAGCAUGUGGAGAAAGCCGGUAUCAGCCUAGUAAAAGCUUGUCAGAAGUAUAUCGUUGUGUGUACAAAGUUCGAAGUCGUUUGCUUGCUUGCAAGAACCUUGAGCUUAUUCAGACCAGAUCAUCAUCACGCGACAGAUGGAUCUCAGAAAACCAAGACUCUGCAGAUGUCGACCCUCAGGAACACUCCUUCACCCGGACCAUCGACGAGGAAGCAGAGAUGGAGGAGCAGGCUGAGCGGGACCGGGAGGAGGGCCACCCGGAGCCCGAGGAGGAUGAGGAGGAGCGGGAGCACGAAGUCAUGACCGCUGGCAAAAUCUUUCAGUGUUUCCUCUCAGCCCGGGAAGUAGCUCGCAGCCGAGACCGAGAUAGGAUGAGCAAUGGGGCAGGGUCUGGGACUCGAGCCGACGACCCGCCACCCCAGUCUCAGCAGGAGCGACGGGUGAGCACAGACCUUCCCGAGGGUCAGGACGUCUACACCGCUGCCUGCAACUCCGUGAUCCACCGCUGUGCCCUGCUGAUACUGGGAGUGAGCCCCGUGAUGGAGCAGCUGCACAAGAGGCGGGAGGAGGGACAGUCGCCGCAGCCUUCUGCCAGCACCUCCGAAGGGAGUGGCCUCAUGACCAGGAGUGAAAGUCUCACUGCAGAGAGCCGGCUCAUUCACGCGAGUCCCAGUUACAAACUCAUCAAGUCACGGAGUGAGUCGGAUCUGUCCCAGCCUGAAUCUGAUGAAGAGAGUUACGUGCUGAGUGGAAAACGAAAUGUCGAUCUGGAUUUGGCAUCAUCCCAUAGAAAGAGGGGCCUUUUGCACAGUCCCUUGGACCCCCUGAGCAGCUCUUGGGCCCGCCUGAAGCAGAGCAGGGACUGGCUGUGCAACUCCUCCUGCUCCUUCGAGUCCGACUUUGAUCUUACCAAGUCUCUGGGAGUUCACACUUUGAUAGAGAAUGUCAUGAGCUUUGUGAGCGGAGAUGUGGGGAGCGCCCCUGGUUUCAAGGAGCCCGAGGAGAGCAUGUCUACCAGCCCACAGGCGUCCAUCAUCGCAAUGGAACAGCAGCAGCUACGGGCAGAACUCCGUCUAGAAGCGCUUCACCAGAUCCUGGUGCUGCUGUCCGGGAUGGAGGAGAAGGGCAGUGUGUCGGCUGCUGGGAGCAGGGCCAGCCCAGGGCUCCAGUCAUCCGCACUGCUCACCUCCGUGAGGCUGCAGUUCCUGGCCGGCUGCUUUGGUCUUGGGACUGUCGGACACUCGGGCAGCAAAGGCGAGAGUGGCCGUUUGCAUCACUAUCAGGACGGCAUCAGAGCGGCCAAGAGAAACAUCCAGAUGGAAAUCCAGGCGGCCGUGCACAAGAUCUACCAGCAGCUGUCGGCCACCCUGGAGCGAGCCCUACAGGCCAACAAGCACCGCAUCGAAGCUCAGCAGCGCCUCCUCCUUGGAACGGUCUUCGCGCUGAGCGUUCACUACCAGCCCGUGGACGUGUCCUUGGCGAUCUCCACUGGGCUGCUGAAUGUGCUGUCGCAGCUCUGUGGCACGGACGCCCUGCUGGGGCAGCCCCUGCAGCUGCUGCCGAAGACGGGCGUCUCCCAGCUCAGCACGGCCCUGAAGGUGGCCAGCACGCGGCUGCUGCAGAUCCUGGCCAUCACCACGGGGACGUAUGCAGACAGGCUGAGCCCCAAGGUCGUGCAGUCCCUGCUGGACCUCCUGUGCAGUCAGCUGAAGAGCUUACUGUCCCAGGCCGGCGUGCUGCUCAUGGCCUCUUUUGGAGAAGGGGGAGAAGAGGGGGAAGAAGAAAAAAAAGCUGAUCCGAGUGGAGAGACGGAGAAGAGAGAUUUCAGAGCGGCUCUUCGGAAACAACACUUGGCCGAGUUGCAUCUGGGGGAUUUUUUAGUUUUUCUUCGCAGAGUUGUGUCUUCAAAAGCAAUUCAAUCAAAAAUGGCUUCCCCGAAGUGGACAGAGGUGCUUUUAAAUAUAGCAUCUCAGAAAUGUUCUUCAGGCGUCCCUCUGGUCGGGAACUUGAGAACGAGACUCCUCGCACUUCACGUCCUGGAGGCUGUGCUGCCCGCGUGUGAAUCCGGGGUAGAAGAUGACCAGAUGGCCCAGGUUGUUGAGUGUUUGUUUUCCCUUCUGUCGGACUGUAUGUGGGAGACACCCAUUGCUCAGGCCAAACAUGCUAUUCAAAUAAAGGAAAAGGAGCAAGAAAUAAAAUUACAGCAGGGAGAGUUGGAGGAAGAAGACGAGAAUCUCCCAAUACAAGAAGUCUCCUUUGACCCAGAGAAAGCUCAGUGCUGCCUGGUGGAAAACGGCCAGAUUCUAACCCACGGUAGUGGAGGAAAAGGGUAUGGACUUGCCUCGACCGGCGUCACCUCUGGGUGCUACCAGUGGAAGUUUUACAUUGUGAAGGAAAACAGAGGCAACGAAGGCACGUGUGUGGGAGUCUCCCGCUGGCCAGUGCACGACUUCAACCACCGCACCACCUCGGACAUGUGGCUGUACCGUGCCUACAGCGGCAACCUCUACCACAAUGGCGAGCAGACCCUCACUCUCUCCAGCUUCACUCAGGGAGACUUUAUUACCUGUGUGUUGGACAUGGAAGCCAGGACCAUUUCUUUCGGGAAGAACGGGGAGGAACCCAAAUUAGCUUUUGAAGAUGUGGAUGCAUCUGAGCUAUACCCGUGCGUCAUGUUCUACAGCAGCAACCCUGGGGAAAAGGUGAAGAUCUGUGACAUGCAGAUGCGCGGCACCCCCCGAGACUUACUCCCCGGGGACCCCAUCUGCAGCCCCGUGGCCGCAGUGCUGGCAGAGGCCACCAUUCAGCUCAUCCGUAUCCUUCACCGGACAGACCGCUGGACGUACUGCAUUAACAAGAAAAUGAUGGAAAGACUCCACAAGAUCAAGAUCUGUAUUAAAGAGUCGGGUCAGAAGCUGAAGAAAAGCCGCUCGGUUCAGAGCCGAGAAGAAAGUGAACUGCGGGAGGAGAAGGAGAGCAGAGAGGAGGAGAAGGGGAAGCAUAGUCGCUGCGGCCUGGCCGACCUCUCGGACCCGCAACUGCGGACGCUGUGCGCUGAGGUGUGGCCGGUGCUGGCCGUGAUCGGGGGAGUCGAUGCUGGCCUGCGGGUCGGAGGCCGCUGUGUCCACAAGCAAACUGGGCGCCACGCCACGCUGCUCGGAGUGGUCAAGGAGGGCAGCACGUCUGCCAAGGUCCAGUGGGACGAAGCAGAAAUCACCAUCAGCUUCCCACCUUUUUGGUCGCCUAGUGAUACCCCGCUGUGCAACCUGGAGCCCUGCGAGCCGCUGCCGUUCGACGUGGCGCGGUUCCGUGGCCUCACGGCGUCCAUGCUGCUGGACCUCACCUACCUGACGGGCAUCCACGAGGACGCGGGCAAGCAGGGCGCCAAGCGGCACGAGAGGAAGCAGCGGCCCGAGUCCGAGGAGCGCACAGAGCCGGAGCCGCGCAGCGAGGGCGAGCCGGGCCUGGACGCACGCGCGGCCUGCGCCCCCGAGGACACCCGGGGCCCGGGGGCUUCCGGCUCCAGGGCAUCGGAGAGCGAGGCUGCGCAGUUCCCCGCCGACCCAGCCCCGCCAGGGCCCGAGGCGCUGCAUCAGCCGGACGGGAAGCGCAAGGGCCACGAGCACGCGGCCAGGGCGCACGACGGCGCACAGGCGGAGACCAGGGCCGUGCAGCUCUCCUACCUCUACCUGGGCGCCAUGAAGGCGCUGAGCGCGCUGCUGGGCUGCAGCAAGUACGCCGAGCUGCUGCUCAUCCCCCGGGUGCUGGCCGAGAGCGGCCACAACGCCGACUGCGCUGGCUCGCCCGUGGUGCCCGAGGACGCGGAGCUGCGGGCAGCGCUGCAGCUGCUCAUGCGGCACAUGGUGCGCCGGGCUGUCACCCGCUCCCCGCUCAAGCGCGCGCUGGGGCUGGCCGACCUGGAGCGCGCGCAGGCCGUCAUCUACCAGCUGGCCGUCCACGGGCUCCUGGAGGACCAGGGCGCCGGCAGAGCCCGGCCAGAGACGGAGCAGCACCUGGAGGAGGGUGAGCAGGCCCCACAGGCGCAGACCCCCGUCACCACCAGCCCCUCGGCCUCCAGCACCACCUCCUUCAUGAGCAGCUCCCUGGAGGACACCACCACUGCCACCACGCCUGUCACCGACACGGAGACGGUGCCCGCAUCCGAGUCCCCGGGCGUCAUGCCCCUGAGUCUGCUCAGGCAAAUGUUCUCCAGUUACCCAACCACCACUGUCCUUCCCACACGCCGUGCUCAGACUCCGCCAAUAUCCUCCCUCCCCACGUCUCCUUCUGACGAAGUAGGAAGAAGGCAGAGCUUAACGUCUCCUGACUCCCAGUCGGCAAGGCCAGCCAACCGCACAGCCUUGUCAGACCCCAGCAGCAGACUGUCCACUUCCCCUCCGCCCCCGGCCAUCGCCGUGCCCUUGUUGGAGAUGGGCUUCUCUCUCCGGCAGAUCGCCAGAGCUAUGGACGCCACAGGUGCCCGAGGAGAAGCUGAUGCCCAGAACAUCACCGUCCUUGCCAUGUGGAUGAUCGAGCACCCUGGGCAUGAGGACGAGGAGGAGCCCCCAUCCAGCAGCACCUCAGACCCCCGACACGGGGCAGUGGCUCUGGGCAGCGGUGGGAAGUCCAGUGAGCCCUGUCACUUGCAGUCCCCAGGGGACAUCCCCUCGGCUGAUGCUGCGGAGAUGGAGGAAGGCUUCAGUGAGAGCCCUGAUAAUCUGGACCAUACGGAAAAUGUAGCUUCUGGAAGUGGGCCACUGCCAAGGGGUCGCUCAGCAGUGACAAGGAGACACAAGUUUGACCUGGCGGCUCGCACGUUGCUAGCAAGAGCAGCGGGGCUGUACCGCUCCGUGCAGGCGCACAGGAAUCAGAGCCGGAGGGAAGGGAUGUCCCUGCAGCAGGACCCAGGGGCGCUCUACGACUUUAACCUAGACGAGGAGUUCGAAAUCGACCUUGACGAUGAAGCCAUGGAGGCCAUGUUUGGACAAGACCUGAGCAGUGACAGUGAUAUUCUGGGAAUGUGGAUCCCAGAGGUACUGGACUGGCCUACCUGGCACGUCUGCGAGUCUGAAGACAGGGAGGAGGUGGUGGUGUGUGAGCUGUGCGAGUGCAGCGUCGCCAGCUUCAACCAGCACAUGAAGAGAAACCACCCGGGCUGCGGCCGCAGCGCCAACCGCCAGGGCUACCGCAGCAAUGGCUCCUAUGUGGACGGCUGGUUCGGUGGGGAGUGCGGCAGUGGGAACCCCUACUACCUGCUCUGUGGCAGCUGCAGGGAGAAGUACUUAGCGCUGAAGACCAAAUCCAAGACGACAAGCUCGGAAAGGUACAAGGGACAAGCUCCAGAUCUAAUUGGCAAGCAGGACAGUGUAUAUGAAGAAGACUGGGACAUGCUGGAUGUCGAUGAGGAUGAAAAGCUAACAGGUGAAGAAGAGUUUGAAUUACUUGCUGGACCUCUUGGUUUAAAUGACCGACGCAUUGUGCCGGAACCAGUUCAGUUCCCCGACAGUGACCCGCUGGGGGCCUCGGUGGCGAUGGUGACGGCCACCAACAGCAUGGAGGAAACGCUGAUGCAAAUAGGGUGCCAUGGCUCUGUGGAGAAGAGCUCCUCUGGGAGGGUCACGCUUGGCGAGCAGGCGGCCGCCCUCACAAACCCGCACGACCGAGUGGUGGCUCUGAGGAGACUGACGGCCGCUGCCCAGGUCCUCCUGGCCAGGACCAUGGUCAUGAGGGCGCUGUCUCUCCUGUCCGUCAGUGGCUCCAGCUGCAGCCUCGCUGCGGGCCUCGAGUCCCUGGGCCUCACGGAUAUCCGGACGCUGGUGCGACUGAUGUGCCUGGCUGCUGCGGGCCGCGCCGGCCUCUCCACCAGCCCCUCCGCCCCGGCUGCCACGGCCGAGCGCUCCCGCGGUGGCCACAGCAAGGCCAGCAAGCCCAUCUCCUGCCUGGCCUACCUGAGCACGGCGGUGGGCUGCCUGGCCUCCAACAGUCCGAGCGCCGCCAAGCUGCUGGUGCAGCUGUGCACACAGAACUUGAUCUCUGCUGCGACAGGCGUGAACCUGACGACUGUCGAUGACCCGAUUCAGCGCAAGUUUCUCCCCAGCUUCCUCCGUGGAAUUGCCGAGGAGAAUAAGCUUGUCACCUCCCCGAACUUUGUUGUGACCCAGGCCCUUGUCGCGUUACUCGCAGACAAAGGGGCCAAACUGAGGCCUAACUAUGACAAGUCAGAAGUGGAAAAGAAAGGUCUAAUUGCCCAAUUGUAUGCCCAUCCUUCCCAUGAUCCUUCCGCUGUAGGCCCUCUGGAGCUGGCCAAUGCCCUGGCAGCUUGCUGCCUGUCCUCCAGGCUGUCCUCACAGCACCGGCAAUGGGCCGCCCAGCAACUUGUGCGCACUUUGGCCGCGCACGACCGCGACAACCAGGCCACCCCACAGACCCUCGCAGACAUGGGCGGGGACCUCCGGAAAUGCGCCUUCAUCAAGCUGGAGGCGCAUCAGAACCGGGUUAUGACUUGUGUGUGGUGUAAUAAGAAAGGCCUCUUGGCUACAAGUGGCAAUGAUGGGACCAUCCGUGUGUGGAGUGUCACCAAGAAGCAGUACUCACUGCAGCAGACCUGCGUGUUCAACAGACUGGAAGGGGACAUUGAAGAAAGCCUGGGCUCACCCAGUGAUCCGAGCUUCUCACCUGUUUCCUGGAGUAUCAGUGGCAAAUACUUGGCUGGGGCUUUAGAAAAGAUGGUGAACAUCUGGCAAGUCAAUGGAGGAAAAGGGUUAGUAGAUGUUCAGCCCCACUGGGUGUCUGCCCUGGCUUGGCCGGAAGAGGGUCCCGCCCUGCAGUGGUCGGGGGAGUCCCCAGAAUUGCUGCUGGUGGGACGGAUGGACGGGUCCCUGGGGCUCAUCGAAGUGGUCGACGUGUCCACCAUGCACCGCCGGGAACUGGAGCACUGCUACCGGAAGGACGUGUCUGUAACCUGCAUUGCUUGGUUCAGUGAAGACAAACCGUUUGCAGUGGGGUAUUUUGAUGGGAAACUGUUGCUGGGAACAAAGGAGCCGCUUGAGAAAGGGGGCAUCAUUCUCAUUGAUGCACACAAGGACACUCUUGUCAGCAUGAAGUGGGACCCUCUGGGUCAUAUUCUUAUGACUUGUGCAAAAGAAGAAAAUGUGAAACUCUGGGGAGCAGUUUCGGGAUGCUGGUGCUGCCUCCAUUCCCUCUGCCAUCUCUCUGUCGUGAACGGCAUCGCGUGGUGCAGCCUGCCAGGGAAGGGAGCCGAGCUGCACCUGCUCAUGGCCACCGGCUGUCAGAGUGGUUUAGUGUGUGUUUGGCGUAUCCCACAAGAUCCCACACACACCAGCGUAACUGGCUCCGAGGGGUGCUGGAAACCAGAAUCCGAUGGCCAGGAUGGAUACCGGAAGCCAGCGGGAGCCAAGUGCGUGUACCAGCUCCGAGGGCACAUCACCCCUGUGCGCACCGUUGCCUUCAGUUCCGACGGGCUGGCCCUGGUGUCCGGGGGCCUGGGCGGGCUCAUGAACAUCUGGUCUCUGAGGGACGGUUCCGUGCUGCAGACCGUCGUGAUCGGCUCAGGAGCUAUUCAGACCACAGUGUGGAUCCCAGACGUUGGGGUCGCGGCUUGCUCCAAUAGAUCGAAGGAUGUCUUGGUCGUGAACUGCACGGCAGAGUGGGUGGCGGCCAACCACGUGCUGGCCACCUGCCGGACGGCGCUGAAGCAGCAGGGGGUGCAGGGGCUGAGCACGGCGCCCUGCAUGCGGGCCUUCCUGGAGCGGCUGCCCGUGAUGCUGCAGGGCCAGUAUGCCUACGAGAAGCCCCACGUGGUCUGUGGCGACCAGCUGGUCCACAGUCCCUAUAUGCAGUGCCUGGCCUCCUUGGCGGUGGGCCUCCACCUGGACCAGCUGCUAUGCAACCCCCCUGUGCCCCCCCACCACCGGCACUGCCUCCCCGACCCAGCCUCCUGGAACCCCAGCGAGUGGGCCUGGCUAGAGUGUUUCUCCACCACCAUCAAGGCUGCCGAAGCGCUCACCAACGGAGCACAGUUCCCCGAGUCUUUCACUGUUCCUGACCUGGAGCCAGUCCCGGAGGAUGAGCUGGCCUUCCUGAUGGAUAAUAGUAAAUGGAUUAAUGGGAUGGAUGAACAGAUCAUGUCGUGGGCGACUUCCCGACCUGAGGACUGGCACCUGGGAGGUAAAUGCGACGUGUACCUGUGGGGUGCCGGCAGGCACGGACAGCUGGCGGAGGCAGGGAGAAACGUCACAGUCCCUUCGGCAGCCCCGUCGUUCUCGCAGGCACAGCAGGUCAUAUGUGGCCAGAAUUGUACCUUUGUCAUCCAGGCUAAUGGCACCGUGCUGGCUUGUGGGGAAGGAAGUUACGGCAGAUUGGGACAAGGAAAUUCAGAUGAUCUUCAUGUGCUUACAGUUAUUUCAGCCUUACAAGGGUUUGUGGUGACGCAGCUGGUGACUUCCUGCGGCUCUGACGGGCACUCCAUGGCCCUGACCGAGAGCGGGGAGGUCUUCAGCUGGGGCGAUGGUGACUACGGGAAGCUGGGCCACGGCAACAGCGACCGGCAGCGGCGGCCCCGGCAGAUUGAGGCCCUGCAGGGGGAGGAGGUGGUGCAGAUGUCCUGCGGGUUCAAGCACUCUGCAGUGGUGACCUCGGACGGCAAGCUCUUCACCUUUGGGAACGGGGACUACGGCCGCCUGGGCCUUGGGAACACCUCAAACAAGAAGCUCCCGGAGAGAGUGACCGCGCUGGAGGGGCAUCAGAUCGGACAGGUGGCCUGUGGCUUGAACCACACGCUGGCGGUGUCGGCCGACGGCUCCAUUGUGUGGGCCUUCGGAGACGGCGACUACGGGAAGCUGGGCCUGGGGAACUCGACCGCCAAGUCUUCACCUCAGAAAAUCGAUGUCCUUUGUGGAAUUGGAAUUAAGAAAGUCGCGUGCGGGACUCAGUUUUCUGUGGCGCUGACCAGAGACGGUCACGUGUACACCUUUGGGCAAGACCGCUUGAUAGGCUUGCCGGAGGGACGAGCGCGCAACCACAACCGCCCCCAGCAGAUCCCGGUGCUGUCCGGAGUGGUCAUUGAGGACGUGGCGGUUGGCGCCGAGCAUACCCUUGCCCUGGCAUCCAGCGGAGACGUGUACGCCUGGGGCAGCAACUCCGAAGGGCAGCUUGGCCUGGGUCACACCAACCAUGUUCGAGAGCCAACCCUGGUUACAGUACUCCAGGGGAAGAACAUCCGCCAGAUCUCAGCUGGCCGCUGCCACAGUGCUGCGUGGACUGCCCCGCCCGUGCCGCCCAGAGCCCCAGGCGUCUCGGUGCCCCUGCAGCUGGGCCUGCCCGACGCUGUGCCCCCGCAGUACGGGGCGCUGCGGGAGCUGAGCAUCCGCACGGCCCGGACCCGCCUGCGCCUGCUCUACCACUUCUCCGACCUCAUGUACUCGUCCUGGCGGCUGCUCAACCUCAGCCCCAACAGCCAGAACAGCACCUCUCACUAUAACGCCGGAACGUGGGGCAUUGUCCAGGGGCAGCUGCGGCCUUUGCUAGCCCCGAGAGUCUACACCCUCCCCAUGGUACGCUCCAUUGGGAAGACCAUGGUCCAGGGGAAAAACUACGGGCCUCAGAUCACUGUGAAGAGGAUAUCGACCAGGGGCCGUAAAUGUAAGCCCAUCUUUGUCCAGAUCGCGAGGCAAGUUGUUAAACUGAAUGCGUCCGACCUCCGCCUGCCUUCCCGGGCCUGGAAGGUGAAGCUGGUGGGAGAAGGCGCUGACGACGCUGGCGGCGUGUUCGAUGACACGAUCACAGAGAUGUGCCAGGAACUUGAAACUGGCAUUGUCGACCUUCUUAUACCGUCUCCUAAUGCCACUGCGGAAGUGGGCUACAAUAGGGACAGGUUCCUCUUCAACCCCUCUGCCUGCCUCGAUGAACACUUAAUGCAGUUUAAGUUCCUGGGGAUACUCAUGGGGGUGGCCAUUCGGACCAAGAAGCCCCUGGACCUGCACCUGGCCCCGCUGGUGUGGAAGCAGCUGUGCUGCGUCCCGCUGGCCCUGGAGGACCUAGAGGAGGUGGACCUGCUCUAUGUGCAGACACUCGGCAGCAUUCUUCACAUUGAAGACAGCGGCAUCACCGAGGAGAAUUUCCAUGAGAUGAUUCCUCUUGAUUCUUUUGUUGGCCAGAGCGCUGACGGCAAAAUGGUUCCCAUAAUCGCUGGUGGAAAUAGCAUCCCGCUCACAUUUUCCAACAGGAAAGAGUACGUGGAGCGAGCCAUUGAGUAUCGGCUCCAUGAGAUGGACCGGCAGGUGGCCGCGGUCCGAGAAGGCAUGUCCUGGAUCGUGCCCGUGCCGCUGCUGUCCCUGCUGACGGCCAAGCAGCUGGAGCAGAUGGUGUGCGGGAUGCCCGAGAUCUCCGUGGAGGUGCUGAAGAAGGUGGUGCGCUACCGGGAGGUGGACGAGCAGCACCAGCUGGUCCAGUGGUUCUGGCAGACGCUGGAGGAGUUCUCCAACGAGGAGCGCGUGCUCUUCAUGAGGUUCGUGUCCGGGAGAUCCCGCCUGCCGGCCAACACUGCGGACAUUUCGCAGAGGUUCCAGAUCAUGAAGGUGGACCGGCCCUACGACAGCCUGCCCACCUCCCAGACCUGCUUCUUCCAGCUGCGACUGCCCCCCUACUCCAGCCAGCUGCUCCUGGCCGAGCGCCUGCGCUACGCCAUCAAUAACUGCCGUUCCAUCGACAUGGACAACUACAUGCUCUCGAGGAACGUGGACAACGCCGAGGGCUCCGACACUGACUACUGACCCUCCGACGGACGCCCGGCGAUGUCGGACACGUUCAUGGUGACUACGUAGAUGCUUAGGACAUAAACCGGUAUUACAAACAGUGGCCACACCUAGUUCCUCUAAAUGUAACAAAGAAAUUAGAUGUUUUUAUUUUUCUGUGAUUGUACAAAAAACAAAGUGCUCAGUCAGGUUUACCCUCCCAUACUUUCGGUCACUUUUGAUAAGUUUGCAUGGAGCCAUUUUGGUGCAUUUUAAGUUGGGAAUGGUACAUUUUUGUAAACCCACUCAGUGAACAUGGAAUUGUACAUUGUGUAUAAUUGUUCAUUAGAAGGACAGUUUUACAUGAAUAUUCAUAUAUUUAUUUUGGUUUAAUUUGAAUUGCCUGUGCAGGGUUCCUUACGCAGAGAAAUAAAGCUGAUUCAGGAACCC